GACCAAACUCCCUGAAUCCUAGGUUCCUUGAACGCAGCACGUCCGUCUCUCCAUGGCAACCGAGAGACGCUGAACGCAACUCAACAUGGCGGCGCUUGGUGCUAGGGGGCUAAUGCUAGCAGCAUGUUAGCGCGCUAGCUCUGUGUGCGGGGAUCGAACGUCGGACUCGAACAGGUGGAUGUUAGUGAACGACGCUCGGUUUGUUGUGUUUGCUCUGGUUUCUCCUCCACACUCUCAGUUAGCACAGGUGCUAGCUGUGCUAGCCGGGUCGUUAGCUAGCUCGCCGGCUGACACCGUUGUCUCCACCGUCGCUCAUGGCUUUCUACGAGGUUUAUUCUCAUCCGGCUUUGAUUCGGUACAAGACGAGUGUCUGUACCAAAGCCUCCCUCUUCCUCCUCGUGGUUCUGGGCCUCACCUACAUCGCUCCUCUGCUGGUUGCUUACAGGAGCCAAGGGUUCUGGAUUAAAAUGAGCAGCUAUGAGGAACAGCCGGUUGUUCGGUACCAGUACCAGGCUCUGCUGGUGGCGGCUACCGGUCCUCAGGGAGACUACGUGGCCUGGAGCACCUUCCCCCACCUGAACAACAUGCUGGGGACCAACCUCCGGAUCCCUGGCGUCUCUGUGAGAGAGGAGGACACAAACCAGGACGGGAAGUUUGACCUCCUGACCUUUAAACUGCAGCUGCCCCUGAAAGCAGAGGAGCAGGUGCACAGUGUCCAGCUGCUGCUCACCUUCAGCUACCAGCUCUUUCGGAUGUCCACGGUGGUGAUGCAGAGCCUGGUCUAUGUGCAGCACUCGUCCUCUGUCCCUGGAGCGAAGCUGUUCAUCAGCGGAGACCUGAGGCUGCAGCAGAGGACGCCCCUGCCUCACCGAGGACUGUACAACAUUUACAAUGUGUCCGUGAUCGACGGCUCCAGCCCCUUUGCGAGCGCGUAUGACCUCGAUGACAUCAUCAGGAGAUACCAGCAGAGAAACUUGACCACGGUGCUGUCCUGUCCCAUGCCGGUGUGGACGGUGGGACGAGCUGCUGGUUCUCCCUUUGAGCUCAAUGCAGAGAUCCGGUACCCAGUGGAAGUCAUUAGCUAUCGCCCCGGUUUCUGGGAAACCAUCAAGUUCGCCUGGAUCCAGUACGUCAGCGUCCUCCUCAUCUUUCUGUGGGUCUUUGAACGCAUCCAGAGAUUUGUUUUCCAGAACCAGGUUCUGACCACCGUACCCGUACCAGUGGGAAAACCUCACCUGUCGUGAUUCACUGGCAGUGAUGGGACCUUCAGGUUUCCACGCCGGCCCUCUGCUGCUGAAAACAAACAUUUCUGCUUUCUCUGCUGGUGAAAUGAAUUUUUUAAAUGUAUAUAAAUAGUAUUUUUGUGAUAGCAGUUUUGUUGAUGUGCUUAUUUUUGUACUGUUCCAAAGCUUUAGAUGAAUAAUAAUAAAUGAUGUGCCAC